UCCACCAAAGCCUACAGAAGCUUUAAAUAGAUCACCCCUGCAAGCCUGUAAACCAGAGCACUUACAGCAGUCUUGGAGUGGCCAUUCAGAAAAUCAACGUAAGAGGUCUUAUUCAGCUUACGGUGGACCGGUUUCUGAGCAUCAGUGUUUCGUCAGCUCCUGCCAUAUGCCACAGAACAUGAUCAGUGGGAGUAUUCAGCACAAAGGACAAUUUUAUUUUGUUACUGGUGUCUUCAAGUCCUCCGAGCCCAGUGUCACGCAAGGUGUUGGUGACAGUGCAAGCAUGGAAACCUCUAGUGAGUGGUCAUAUAAAGCUCAACGUAGAAGGCAGAGCUGUCCUGAUGGUCCGAGUGGUAAGCUGUUUUUUCAAGAGGAACACAAAUUCAGCAUUCAGAAUGAAGUUGUGGAGCAUUUCAAUAAGUCCGAGCAGACUUCUGAAGGUGUAGAGGACCAGAGGGUCAUGAGUAGAGAAACUGGAAGGCAUCACUCCAGCAGCCACCCUAUCUUCUACUGUGGUCCUGAGGACAAUUCAGUUGGUGCAGUAAUGACCCCUGCUCUAAUUAAGGAAGACCAUUCCAGUCAUCCCAAGAAAGAAGAAGAGAUGACUAGAGUUUCGAAAUGGCCCCAACUGAAUAUUCCAAAUGACAAGAUCAGCAAGGAGACUACCCCACUUUUGUAUCACCUCACAGGAGCAAACAGGGCAUCAUAUACAGACAAGUUCAAAAACAAUAAUGAUUGUGGUACAGUGAUCAAGAAUCCGGACUCUGUCAAAGAUAAACAGAAAGCCGAAAAUGAUGGGCAAACCUCUCCCAGCAGCGAAUAUCGGCAGAGUGAAAUGCCUAAAGAACAACCAAAAGAAUUCUUCUACCCAUGUGGUACGUUAGAUGACUCCUACAAAAAGUAUUACAAGGAGAAACUGAAAGAUGCCCAAUCCAAGGUUUUGAGGGAGACUUCUUUUAAAAGGAGAGAUUUGCAACUUUCUCGGCCACACAGGAUCAAGCAACAGACCGACAAAAAUCUUGCUGUUGUACCUGCUGGUUCUCCAUCACUAGACAUACAGCCCAACUCGGACAGUCCCACCCCGCAACUACACAACCAUCAAGCAGCAGACAAUGAGUACAUGAAAAAGCUUGGUCAGGAGAUUGAGAAGAUGACAGUUGAAAAAGAAACCGAGAAGCCACAGAAUGUUGCUCAACCACAGGUGCCUCGGGUAGGGUGUAGGAAGCGUUUGACAGCAGAUCAGAAAAAGCUGUCUCGCUCUGAGCCUGAGAAGCUGCACCAGCUGGCAGAUGGACCUGCUCAUAUGACCUGCCGCUCUCUUGGCAAUGAAUCUGAAGGUCUUCUCUUAGAGGGUGAUCACGGUCUAGUGGCUUCUAGGCGGAAGAUGUUUGAAACACGGGGCCGUGCUCUGUCUGCCUCCAACUUCUCGAAAUCAACUCUGAAGCACCUUCAGCAUAAAGCCUUGGUAGCAUACAUGGAACGUAAAACUGGUCAGAAGGUAGCUGAGCCCCAGCGUCCAGUUCCACAAGUUCCCAGCCACAGAAAUUCAACUGCAGAGAGGCAGUCUGAGUCGAGCUCCAGACGCAAUUCUGGUUCCAAGAAGCUCCACAGGCCUCUCUCUGCAGGGCAGAUUCUUGACUCCGUGUCAAGUUCUGUUAAAUACACCCAGUUCAUCACUGCUGAGCCCAGCCAUCACUCAAGGCAGUCCAGCUGGAGAGAGGCAUCCUCUACAGCAGGGAAUUCAUCCUCCAUGGAGAGUCUCCUGGACCAGCCUGAACAACCCAUGUUCUUACGGACUCGCAGCACCUCCACUCCCCAUGCUUUCCAGGUUCGGAAACAUCCGGAUGAGUUCUCAGCCAUUCAUAACAUGGCUAUUUCAAGUGUUCAAAGAAAAGUAGAGGAAGAUACAGUAGUGCAUCAUAGUCAUACAGCUUCUGUCCAUGAUGAGCGAUGGACACAAAUCAGAGCUUCCAGAGGGAAAUCUAUGGAGGAACUUGGUCUGUCCAUUGUCAGGAGACCUGAAGUUCUCAGCAAAAGUUCAGAGCAGCUUGACCAACUUCAGGGCAAGCAGGCCAUGCCCGGUCCAGAGAAGAGAACUGUGUCAUUUCUUGCUGAAGGAAGGCACACACAGAAGAAGAUUCUCAGUGCUGGAGAACACAUGGAUAACUCUCAGGCUGGCCCUGAGAACCCACUCUUAACCAGUUCUGUAAAGCAUUUAUCCUCCAAUGAUGAUGAAAUCCAUGUAGCUUCACACAGUGGACGUAAACAUAAAGUUGACACUGUUCUGUCUGUGCCCGGUCACUCCACUGAACCUGGGGGAAUCAAGCUGGAAGUCAGCAAGGAGCAGGAGAUUAAGAGUGAAACAUCUGUCUCUAGUCAAGAGGUUUCUCUCAGUCAUGGAGUCAGAACAGAUCCUAGUCAAUGGAUCUCCACUUCUGAGACUUCUGAAACGCCAACGUUUGCUGAACCCCAAAAUGCACCACCUGCCCCAUAUGGUAAGAAUGAAAUCUUACCCAUCACAACACAACCUGGCCUUCAAGAGUCCAGCCUGGCACUUAAUGGGGAACAAGACCCAAAUAUAAAGAAGGAAGAUGGCCUUCUUGUGACGGAAAUCAGGGUGCCAGAAGGGAACGGCCCAUUGGACAAACUCAGCUGGGAGGUGCUGGUUCAGGAAGUGGUCUCAGCUGACCAAUCAUUAGCUCGCACUCUUUACCCUAUAACCAAUAGGAAGACAGCACUUAUGCUGAUGGAGCAGCUGUUAUCUGAAGAUAAUCUUCUAAUGGAGGAACACUACAAGAAAAAACAGGAGCAGAAGGUUAAUAACCCAGAAUCAGCUGCACACAGCACUGAGAUGCCAGUUUGUGACAAACCGCUGAACCUUCCGUCAUCUGUGAACAAUGAGUCUGUUCUUUCAAACCAAAGAGAAGAACUGUGCAGCGCAGAAAUGGAUAUCAUCGACAAGAAGAGACGACUGAUAGCACAUAUUGAGGAGCGCUUGAAGUAUCUGGAGGAAGUCCGCUCCACCGUCCAGGGCGAGGAGAAGGCGAAUGGGGUGCGGGGCGACGCUAUGGAGGCCCUGGUGCGAGAGAGCUGUGUGCCAGCCGAGCUAGAGCGCUACACACAGUUUAUAGGAGACCUGGAGCGGGUGGUCAGUCUGCUGCUCUGCCUGUCAGCCCGUCUGGCCCGUGUGCAGAACGCCCUCAGCACGGCAGAUGACAGCAUGGACACAGAGGAGAAACAAUCUCUGGACAGCCGCUACCGUCUUCUGUGCAAACAGAGGGAUGACGCCAAAGACUUGAAGGACAACCUGGACCGUCGGGAGCGCAUGGUCUCCACCUUCCUCUCCAAGCAGCUGACGGACACACAGCUGAAGGAGUACCGGCGCUUCAUUCAGACCAAGGCCUCCUUACUCAUUCGCCAGAAAGACCUUGAUGAGAAGCAGCGUUUAGGAGAGGAGCAGCUCGAGGCUUUACUCAGCAGUAUUCCUCCAUGAAUCUGCACUGCCUGAAAGUGUCUGUCCAGCAUGGACCGUACUUACUUCGAGACACUGUUUCGUUUGAUAUUUGCGCUCUGUAGUUGACUUUCGUCUUGAGUUGACUUUCGAAACCAUGGAAAGCUUUAUUUAAGAGCCCAGGAAUGGUUUAUCAGAUGCAUCACUCUAAAAUGACGACCAAAAAAAGGACGAAAGAAGCACUUUUGAAAAUAAACUGCACAUACUCAUAUUGUGUAUUCAUAAUUGAUUUCAGGGCUUCAUUACUGCUUUGAUGAACUUUUCAUUCAUUCCUUUUUGUCCUGUAAUUUCAUUUGACACUAUCAUGUUGAAUGUGUUCAUGUUCGAGUACUUUACAAGAUUCUCUUUAAAGAUGCGUUUUGAAAGUCUGUGUUAUUGAACUGCUGUCGUCGCAUGUGUAGUGAGAGCACGAUUCAGCAGCAAAGCCCUUGAUGACAACUUACACACAUUUACAUUUAUGCAUUUGGCAGACGCUUUAAUCCAUGUUCUGCUGUUUGAGCUACAGAAAUGACUGAUGACUGAGUUACUGACACAUACAUGUGAGCAACAUGUGCUGUUUUCAGUGAGAUCAAACAAUUGGCCAGGAAUUUACCAGCAGUAAAACCAUGGUAAAAUCACUGAAAUGUUCGGCCACGAGUAGCUUGAUGCUUUUAUAAACCAGCAACAACAGCAAUAUGAUAAUUGUAAGAAACCAAUGUUCAAUUAAUAUUUACAUUUAAUUAAUAAUAGUAAUAAUUGGAACUAGAUUUGCAUUACCGAUGGAAAUAACAUGCUUACAAAGCAGUAAAAAAUACAACAGUGUUAAAGUUUUAGGUUGAAUGACAGUAAAACUAAAUAAACCUAAAAAGUUGAUGGAUAAAACAAAAAAUAAAAUACCAAUCACAAUUCAGUAUGUAAAUGGUCUUAAAAUGUAUCUUUUAAAACUUUACACAAGGUGGAAAUUAUCUACAGAACAAAGUUUGAAUAUAAUCUGCACAUUAAAUGGAUUGAUCUGAACCGGUUUCCUGAUGUAUUAAACAUUCAAUGUUAAUAUAAUGUUUGUUUGUUUGUUUAAAGUUAUCUGGUCUUUAAUAACAUUCUCAAAACGUUAGCACAAAAACAUUAUUUAUUCGUUCAGAGAACAUUUAAAAGUAACUUUCCCACAACGUUUUCUCUAACGUUUGCGUAACCACGGGGAAAACGAACAAAACGUUUUUAUAUGUUAGAGGUGCUGUAUUAUUUUUUAUUUAUUUAUUUUGUUUUUUGGACUGUACUACAGCAUAAAAAAAUACCAUUAUGUUUGCAUAUAUUUAGUAAACAUGCUACAUUAACAUACUUAAAAUGUGCGUUCCGUGUCGGAAUGUCUGUUUUUGUUUUGGUUUGUGUGAUCCCGCCCACCGCCAAUUUACCCAAUAGUAUUUCGACACCCCGGGUUGCCAGUUGACGGAAAACGCCGCGUAUAGCAGCCAUGGAAGCCCGCGGACGAACUGGUUUAGAGAUCGCAGAUUCUACAAGACCUAAAAAGCCUCGGAAUCCAUCUAAAAAAAUCUCUAUGACCAGAGGCAUAUUAAAACGCAGAUAUAGGCUAUUAGCUGAUAAACUUACAGUGUAAAGCUAGUCUCCUUGCAUUGUCAACUGUGCUCGUUCCUGUUUCGUGUCCUCAAUCUGGCAACUCGCGUGAGCGUCGAGUCUGAGGAGGAGAGGCGGGAAAAACAACUCUUCAAUAUUUUGAAUUUGGACUGCAGUACCCAUUUCAACCGCUAGCUGUCAAUAUUACAUACUGCACAUUUAAUAAAAACAUUAGCAAAAUGUUCUUAUAAAAUAUUUUUGUUAGCUACACCGAAACUAAUCUGUGAUUCACGAAUCCACAACUGAUUCAGAUUAGCUGCUUUGUUAGAUGCUACUCUCAUCAAGUGUUUUCAAAAGCCCAAAUGUUUUGAACUGAUCAGGGUUAAAGUGUAUUAAGGGGUUAAAGUGUACUUUGCACUUUGACUGGGAACAUCCAUUACUUCCGUCUAUUAUAGUACUUAUUGUUGACACGUCCACAUUGCAGAUCCAUGUCAGUGUGUGUGUUGUGCACUUUACAGUCAUUCAAUGCUUUAAAUUGAACAUUGUCAAGGAAAUUGAACUCUCAGAAAUGUUUUCUCGGCUCUCGCUCCACAUUUUCAUUAGCUUUUCUUGUGGAAUACAUGAACAUUUGGCUUCUCGGUUGGUUAAACAAAUUAAAGUUUGUUUUGGCCUUUGGGCAGAGGGCGAUUCCUAGUCUUUUCUGUCAAGAGCUCAUGUUUAAAUGGCCUGAAGAAAUUUCUAAGUCACAUGAAAGCACAUAGUGACAACAUGGAUGCGUUUAUGAUCAUCAGAAACUGUCAUUAAUACCACCAUUAUCCAUUUCAUCUGGAAUUGAGCGAUCAGAUUGUGCUUUGAAUGUACAACUGCUGGAUGUGGAUUUAGAGACUGUAAAUGAGCGUUUGUCCACUAUCAGUGUGCUGUGAAUGUUAGUGCAUCAGUUUUGCUGCCAUCUUGUGGUUUUGUUAAUGUGGGAUGCAUGAAUUCCAUUACCUUUGGUUUAAUGAAUAAAGUGUGUAAAUGGAAUUUUCUCGCUGUUUCAUUACAACUAGGCACAAUUUUCUGUAAAAAUGCUUUGAAAUAACAUUAAUUGUGAAAAGUGCUACAUGAAUAAAAAAUAACGUGAUUUGUUU